AUGCAGCCGCCGCCCCGAAAAGUGAAGCCGGCCCAGGAGGUGAAGCUUCGCUUCCUGGAGCAGCUGAGCAUCCUUCAGACCCGGCAGCAGAGGGAGGCGGAUCUGCUGGAGGACAUCAGAUCCUACAGCAAGCAGAGGGCAGCCAUUGAACGGGAGUAUGGGCAGGCUCUCCAGAAACUGGCUGGGCCAUUCCUGAAGAGGGAAGGGCACCGGAGUGGGGAGAUGGAUAGCAGGGGCAGGACGGUGUUUGGUGCCUGGCGCUGCCUGCUGGAUGCCACCAUGGCUGGGGGCCAAACCCGGCUCCAGGCGUCUGAUCGCUACCGUGACCUAGCAGGGGGCACAGGGCGGAGUGCCAAGGAGCAGGUGCUUAGGAAGGGAACAGAGAACCUCCAGAGGGCACAGGCUGAGGUGCUGCAGUCUGUCCGGGAGCUGAGCCGUAGUCAGAAGCUGUAUGGGCAGCGGGAACGUGUGUUGACCUUGGCACAGGAGAAGGCAGCUGAUGUCCAGUCUAGACUGAACCGAAGUGACCAUGGAAUUUUCCACUCUCGGACCAGUUUGCAGAAACUGAGCACCAAGCUGUCCGCCCAGUCGGUCCAGUACUCCCAGCAGUUGAGAGUGGCCCGCAAUGAGUACCUGCUCAACUUGGUGGCCACCAAUGCCCAUCUUGACCACUAUUACCAGGAGGAACUGCCAGCGCUGCUCAAGGCCCUGGUCAGUGAGCUGUCAGAACACUUGAAGGACCCCCUGACCUUACUGAGCCGCACUGAGCUGGAAGCUGCAGAAAUGGUCCUGGAGCAUGCCCGCCAUGGGGGGCAGGCAACUUCCCAGGUAUGCUGGGAACAGGAUGUGAAGCUGUUUCUUCAGGAGCCUGGAGUAUUUUCCGCCACUCCACCUCAGCAGUUUCAGUCAGCAGGGACUGAUCAGGUGUGUGCCCUGGAGAGGGGAGCAGGAGAUAUGGCUGGGGAGAGCGACCUGGAGAAAGAGGUUCAGCGCUGGACGAGCCGAGCUGCCCGCGACUAUAAGAUCCAGAACCAUGGGUACCGGGUGCUGCAGCGACUGGAGCAGAGACGGCAGCAGGCUCCAGAGCGGGAAGCUCCAGGCAUAGAACUGCGGCUACAGGAAGUGAGGGAGAGCAUUCGGCGGGCACAGGUGAGCCAGGUGAAGGGGGCUGCCCGGCUGGCCCUGCUACAGGGAGCUGGCCUGGAUGUGCAGCACUGGCUGAAGCCAGCCAUGACCCAAGCCCAGGAUGAGGUGGAGCAGGAGCGACGGCUCAGUGAGGCUCGGCUGUCCCAGAGGGACCUUUCCCCCACCGUUGAGGAUGCUGAGCUUUCUGACUUUGAGGAAUGUGAGGAGACAGGAGAGCUCUUUGAGGAGCCAGCACCCUCAGCCCUGGCCACCAGGCCUCUCCCCUGCCUGGCACAUGUGGUGUUUGGCUAUCAGGCAGGGCGUGAGGAUGAACUGACCAUCAUGGAGGGUGAAUGGCUGGAGGUCAUAGAAGAGGGAGAUGCUGAUGAAUGGGUCAAGGCUCGGAACCAGCACGGCGAGGUAGGCUUUGUCCCUGAGCGGUAUCUCAACUUCCCGGACCUCUCCCUCCCUAAGAGUGGCCAUGACAGCGACAAUCCCUCGGGGGCAGAGCCCACAGCAUUCCUGGCCCGUGCCCUGUACAGCUACACAGCACAGAGCACAGAGGAGCUGAGCUUCCCUGAGGGGGCGCUCAUCCGUCUGCUGCCCCGGGCCCAAGACGGAGUAGAUGACGGCUUCUGGAGGGGAGAAUUUGGGGGCCAUGUUGGGGUCUUUCCCUCCCUGUUAGUGGAGGAGCUGCUUGGUCCCCCAGGGCCACCUGAACUUUCUGACACUGAACAGAUGCUACCAUCCCCUUCUCCUCCCAGCUUCUCCCCUCCUGCACCCACCUCUGCCUCAGAUGGUCCCCCUGCACCUGUCCUGCCUAGGGACAAUGCCCUGGACUACCCUGGACUCCUGGACAUGAUGGCACCUCGACUCAGGCCGAUGCGUCCACCACCUCCCCCGCCAGCUAAAGCCCCGGAUCCUGGCCACCCAGAUCCCCUCACCUGAAGGCCAGGGGAUCACUGCCUCCCAGUGAUGCUGCUGCCCCUAUCUCCAUGCUGUCAGAGA